CAGAGAUAGACAAUGUCUUUCCAUUCCGGGCGAGGGGGGUGCCCCCGAAGCCGAGGAGGAUCUGCGGCACGGACUCCGACUCCGACUUUCCGCCCCCAGAAUUUGAGGCAGCUCCAUCCUCAGCAGCCACCUUCAGCUCAGUAUCAGUACGACCAGCCGGCGGUGACCACGGCGGCUUACUCAAGCCCUCCCACCACGAGCUACAUGCCUUCCAGGCCCGAUUUCGUCCCGUACCCGCCGCCCAUCCCCCCGUCGCCGCAAAGCGCCAUCUCCCAGUGUCCCCUGAGGCCGCCUUUUGCGGGCCACCAGGUCAAGCAGACCUUCCCCCUCCCUCCUUGCUUUCCGCCGACUCCGCCCCCCGCCCCGAAUCCCGGAAACCCUUCCGUUUCGACCGGCGCGGCAGGACAGAACGCGUUUCCUUACAUGAUGCCUCCUCCGUCCGUUCCGCACCCAAUGCCGCCUCCGAUCAUGCCUCAGCCGAUGAAUUACCAGCCCAUGUACUCCCCUUCUUACUCGCAGCAGUCGUUCCCCCCUCCUAAUUUCAGCAGCUACCCACACAAUGCAAACUCUUACCAGGGCGGCGGCGGUGGCGGCAACAACGCCAACAGCGGCAGCAGCAACAACAACAGCGGCAAUUUCCGGAACCCUGGUCAGUAUCCGAUAGAGAAGUCGCAGGCUGAACGGAGGUCUCCGGAAAGGAGUAAACACUACGAGGAGUAUCGCCACCGGGACCACGGGCACGGGGAGAGGCACCGCUCCACCAAUCACGGCGACCGGCGGGAUCGAGGCAGGAGCCCCGAUAGGCGGCGGCAGGAAAGCAGUCGGCAUCGGUCGGAUUACGUCAGAGGGCGGACGCCCCCUCGUCACAGAAGUUAUGAAUGGUACAGGGAACGACAACGAGAAAGACACAGGCACCGCGACAGCCGGCGAUCGCCAUCCACUGAGAGAUCCUACAGAAAGGAUCACAAGAGGACAGGAAGUCAGUCUCCCGGUCAAGACCGGAAGAGAACUCGCUGGGAGGACGACCGGGAACGGUGGUCGGAAAACUCCAGCAGGGAGAAGAGCUAUACUUCCAUCAAAGACAAAGAGCCGGAUGAGGCCGUCGUCGAGAAGAACGAGGAAGAUGACGAGGACCUGCUGAAGCCUGUGUGGGUCCGCUGCACCCACUCGGAAAGCUACUACUCAAACGACCCCAUGGAUCAAGUGGGCGAUUCCACUGUCGUCGGAACGAGCCGGCUCCGAGAUUUAUAUGAGAAGUUUGAGGAAGAGCUGGGGAAGCGGCAAGCCAAAGCCAAAGCUGCCAGGCCCCCCUGGGAGCCCCCCAAGACCAAACUGGACGAGGAUGUCGGGAGCUCCAGCGACUCUGAGUGCGACUCGGAUGACGACAGCUGCUCCAGCAGUUCGGAUUCGGAGGUUUUUGACGUCAUCGCUGAAAUUAAGCGGAAGAAAGCUCACCCAGACCGGCUGCAUGAGGAGCUGUGGUACAACGACCCCGGACAGAUGAACGACGGACCUCUGUGCAAAUGCAGUGCGAAAGCCAGACGGACGGGAAUAAGACAUGGAAUCUAUCCUGGGGAGGAGCCUAUUAAACCCUGCCGACCCAUGAACAACAAUGCUGGAAAAUUAUUCCACUACCGCAUUACAGUGUCACCGCCUACAAACUUUUUAACAGACAGGCCGACUGUGAUCGAGUACGAUGACCAUGAGUACAUCUUCGAAGGCUUCUCCAUGUUUGCCCAUGCUCCCCUCACCAAUAUUCCUCUAUGCAAAGUAAUCCGAUUUAACAUCGAUUAUACAAUCCAUUUCAUCGAGGAGAUGAUACCCGAAAAUUUUUGCGUACGAGGACUGGAGCUGUUCUCUUCCUACCUGUUUCAAGACAUCCUGGAACUCUACGACUGGAACCUUGCCGGUCCUUCGUUAGAAAACAACGAUGCUUCCUGCCCCCGGUUUCAUUUCAUGCCUCGUUUUGUCAGGUUCCUUCCAGAUGGAGGGAAAGAAGUGCUGUCCAUGCACCAGAUUCUGCUGUAUUUGUUACGCUGCAAUAAGCCGUUGGUGCCGGAAGAGGAGAUUGCCAAUAUGCUACAAUGGGAGGAGCUGGAGUGGCAGAAAUACGCCGAGGAAUGCAAGGGGAUGAUCGUUACCAGCCCUGGCAUGAAACCCAGCUCGGUUCGCAUUGAUCAAUUGGAUCGUGAGCAGUUCAACCCUGAUGUGAUUACUUUCCCCAUUAUUGUCCACUUUGGAAUACGACCUGCUCAACUCAGUUAUGCCGGAGACCCACAGUACCAAAAACUCUGGAAGAGUUACGUGAAAUUGCGCCACCUGCUGGCUAACAGCCCCAAAGUGAAACAAGCGGAUAAGCAGAAACUUGUGCAAAGAGAAGAAGCGCUGCAGAAGAUUAGGCAGAAAAACACCAUGCGUCGCGAAGUGACCGUCGAGCUGAGCAGCCAAGGGUUCUGGAAAACGGGCAUCCGCUCCGAUGUCUGUCAGCAUGCCAUGAUGCUCCCUGUCCUGACUCAUCACAUCCGCUACCAUCAAUGUUUGAUGCAUCUAGAUAAACUGAUAGGCUACACUUUUAAAGAUCGCUGCUUAUUGCAGCUGGCCAUGACUCACCCAAGCCAUCACCUAAACUUCGGGAUGAAUCCAGACCACGCCAGAAAUUCUUUGUCCAAUUGCGGCAUCCGCCAGCCCAAAUAUGGAGAUAGGAAAGUCCACCACAUGCAUAUGAGGAAAAAAGGCAUAAACACCUUGAUCAAUAUCAUGUCACGUCUUGGGCAAGAUGAUCCAACUCCUUCCAGGAUCAACCACAACGAGCGCUUGGAAUUUUUGGGAGAUGCUGUGGUUGAAUUUUUAACUAGUGUGCAUUUAUACUACCUGUUUCCAAGUCUAGAGGAAGGGGGCUUAGCCACAUAUCGCACUGCCAUCGUUCAGAACCAACAUCUGGCCAUGCUGGCCAAGAAGCUGGAGCUGGAUCGAUUCAUGCUUUAUGCUCACGGGCCUGAUCUUUGCCGAGAAUCAGAUCUGCGUCAUGCAAUGGCCAACUGCUUUGAAGCGUUGAUAGGGGCGGUUUACUUGGAGGGCAGCCUGGAGGAAGCCAAGCAGCUCUUCGGACGCCUGCUUUUUAACGGCAAGGACCUGCGGGAAGUAUGGCUUAAUUAUCCUCUGCACCCUCUCCAACUGCAAGAGUCCAAUACUGACCGACAGCUGAUUGAGACAUCUCCCGUCCUCCAGAAAUUGACUGAGUUCGAGGAAGCCAUCGGAGUAAUUUUCACUCACGUUCGGCUUCUGGCCCGGGCUUUCACUUUGAGAACUGUCGGAUUUAACCACCUGACCCUGGGCCACAACCAGAGGAUGGAAUUCUUGGGGGAUUCCAUAAUGCAGCUGGUGGCCACGGAGUAUUUAUUCAUACAUUUCCCAGAUCAUCAUGAAGGCCACCUAACGCUGUUGCGGAGCUCCCUGGUCAACAACAGAACGCAGGCCAAAGUCGCCGAAGAACUGGGCAUGCAGGAGUUCGCCAUUACAAACGACAAGACCAAGCGCCCCGUAGCCUUACGGACGAAGACGCUGGCGGAUCUUUUAGAAUCCUUUAUCGCUGCUCUGUACAUAGACAAGGACUUAGAAUACGUCCACACUUUCAUGAACGUCUGCUUUUUCCCACGACUAAAGGAAUUCAUUUUAAACCAGGAUUGGAACGAUCCAAAAUCCCAGCUCCAGCAAUGCUGCUUAACUCUCCGAACAGAGGGGAAGGAGCCAGACAUCCCACUCUAUAAGACUCUGCAAACAGUCGGACCCUCUCAUGCCAGGACAUACACCGUAGCUGUUUAUUUUAAAGGCGAAAGAAUAGGAUGCGGUAAAGGACCAAGCAUUCAGCAAGCAGAGAUGUGCGCAGCAAUGGAUGCCUUGGAAAAAUAUAACUUUCCUCAGAUGGCCCAUCAGAAACGAUUCAUUGAGCGGAAGUACAGGCAAGAGCUUAAAGAAAUGAGGUGGGAAAGAGAGCAUCAGGAAAGAGAGCUGGAGGAAGCGGACGACAUCCGGAAAUAAGUACAGGCCAUGGAAGCAAAUGGUGGAUUUGCCUGCUUAAUAACUUUGAUGUAGGCCUGUGGAGACGUAGCCUAGUUUCGCGUCAAGGAUGAACGAAGUCUGCUCAUUAAAUCAUGUUUAAUGUUAAUUGUUACUUUUUUAUAUAAAAGAAGAAGAAGAAUAUGUUUUAUUCCAUUUUUAGCUAGUAAAGUUUUAUUCACGAGGCUUAACGAAACAAUUUCUUUUAACAUUCAUUCUGAGGAAUUUUGCUUUUAUUUUC